AUGAAGAUUAUUCCACUUGAAAUUCUGAAAACCGAUAAUUAUAGUUAUAUUAUUAUAUGUAAUAAUACACAAGAAGCAGCAAUUGUAGAUCCAGCUGAUCCAGAAGCGAUAUUCCCACAUUUAGAAAAACUUGAAAAAAAUGAAAAAAUACAUCUUUCAUCUAUCAUAACAACACAUCACCAUUAUGAUCAUGCAGGUGGAAAUAAAAAAAUGCUUAAAAAAUACAAAGAUAUAAAAGUCUACGGUGGAAGUAACGCAGAAGGUGUUAAUUAUUUUCUUAAGGAUGGAGAAAUAUUCAAAAUUGGAGAAAUUAUAGUUAAAAGUCUUCAUACGCCUUGUCAUACAAGAGAUUCUAUAUGUUAUUUUGUGGAAGAUAAAGAAGAGAGAGCAGUAUUUACUGGUGACACACUUUUUAAUGGCGGUUGUGGCAAAUUUUUUGAAGGAAACGCUGAAGAAAUGCACCGGAAUCUAAAUAAAAUUCUUUCAUCUCUUCCUGGAGAUACAAAAAUUUAUCCUGGCCACGAAUAUACAAAAUCUAACAUAAGAUUUGCCAAAAGUAUAUUUAAUUCCGAUAAAUUAUCUAAAGUUUCGGAAUUUGUAGACAAUAAUAAAAUUACAUGUGGGAAGUUCACUAUCGAUGAUGAAAAAACUUAUAAUCCUUUUAUGAUGGUUGAUUCAAUUGAAAUUCAAAAAGCAACAGGAGAAUCAGAUUCUAUCAAAGUUAUGGCAAAACUAAGAGAAUUAAAAAAUAGAUUUUGA